AUGAAUCAAUAUCCUCAACAGUCAUCGCAUUCAAAUUCUUCUGAUCAGCAUUUUCUUGGACAAAACUCUCAGGAGCAACAGAUACAUCGCCCAAUGAAUGCUACAGAUUUUAACUCAAUGGCCGGUCAUCACGCCCAGUCCGUCUCUGAUAUCCCAGUUGGUAUGUAUAAUCAGGCGGAUAAUUCCCAUUCCGGCUUUCACUCAUCUAAUCAACAAUACUACUCCCAAUUUGCACAUAAUCAUUCUCCUCAAAAUCGUGAAGACUUGGAUAUGACGCAAUCGUACUAUGGUAUCAUGCCGGUCACCGAUAAAUAUAAUUCUAACACUCCUACUAAUUCUAUUCCCCAACAACCCUCAUAUCCCACUGUUAAUGAAUCCGUCAAUGGCCCGAAAGAAGUUCAGAAUGCUACCCCAACUCCUGUCAAAAGAAAACGAGGUCGUCCUGCUCUUUACCCCCAGGCUGAUAAUGAUGGUAGAGGAGCUAUCACAGACGAAGAAGAACAUACCCUUUUCGGAGCGAUUCGUUCCGGCCGGUCGUCUCCCCAAACACUAGUGGACGAUUGGAUAGAGCAGUACAAGACAAAUCGUGCUCCUGCUAUGCUAGAAUUGGUUCAAUUCUUCAUAUCCUGUUCGGGAUGCAAGGGCAAGGUUUCACUGGAUAUGUACAACAGUCUCAGUCACACUGAAAUUAUCAAGCGUAUGACUGAGGAAUUUGAUGAAGACUCAGGCGAGUAUCCGUUAGUCCAAUCUAGCCAAAUUUGGCGUAGAUUCAGGACAAACUUUAUGGAAUUCAUCCAAGUUCUCAUCCGUCAGUGUCAAUACAGUAUCAUUUACGACCAGUGUAUGGUUGAACAAAUUGGUUCCCUUCUUACUGGUCUCUCAGACUCUCCUGUCCGUGCAUUUCGCCAUACGAGUACCUUAGCAGCAAUGAAAAUGAUGACAGCUCUAGUAGACGUCGCUCUGAACGUCAGCAUUAAUCGUGAUAACACCCAACGUCAGUACGAAUCCGAACGCUCUCGUAGUGGAAACUCAGCUACUGCAAACCGUCGUUCUGGUUCAGCUGUCAGUGAUCGAUUGGAAGUCCUCAUGACUCGUCGUCAGGAGCUAGAGGAGAAUAUGAAGGAGGUGAAAGAUAUGCUGGUUAUGCUUUUUAAGGGAGUCUUUAUCCAUCGUUAUCGCGACAGCCAACCCGAGAUUCGUGCUAUCUGUAUCGCCGAGAUUGGGGUGUGGAUGAGACGAUAUCCUGCUAUGUUUCUGGAUGACAGCUACCUUAAGUACAUUGGUUGGACUCUUUAUGACAGGGUUGGUGAAGUUCGACUCCAAUGUCUUCGUGCUCUACAGCCUCUUUACGAUGAUCCGAACUACGUGUCAAAUUUGUGUCUCUUUACCUCCCGUUUUAAGCAAAGAUUGGUUGAUAUGACUCUGGAUAAGGAAUUAGAUGUUGCUGUUCAGGCUGUUAAAGUUGUCUCCUGUAUUCUUAAACACACGGAGUCUAAACUGGAGGAUAAAGAUUGUGAGAACAUCUACGAAUUAGUCUACUGUACACACAGACCUCUAGCUCAAGCAGCCGGUGAAUUCCUAACCCUUAAACUCUUUGAGGUUGAUGCGAGUGCACCGAUCGCUAGGACGAAGAAGGGCAAAAAGCGAAGUGAAAAUACCCCCCUUAUUCGUGAUUUAAUACAAUUUUUCAUUGAGAGUGAAUUACACGAACAUGCCACCUACUUAGUUGACAGUCUGUGGGAGAUUGCGCCCAUGCUUCGCGAUUGGGAGGCAAUGAUUGACUUGCUGAUUGAAGAACCCGGAAAGAAUGAGGAACCGCUGGAUGCAAAUCAAGAAAGUAGUCUAAUUGAAAUUAUGGUGUGCUGUGUGCAACAAGCAGCCACUGGAGAGAGUCCGGUUGGUCGCCAAUCUGGCUCUCACUCCUCUUCCGCAGUAGUCUUGGGUGCCGGUGAGGCUGCUAUACCGCGUGUCGGUCGAGGUGGGGUUCUUUCAGCUCGCGAGGCGAAAGCCCUGGCCGAAGCGCGAGCUCGAAUGACGGAGGCGAUGAUCCCUGCUCUACAUCCUCUUCUCACGCGCUUCGGUGAGUCUGCCGAACGAGCAACCACCCUUCUACAAAUUCCUCGCUACAUGGAUCUUGAAAUAUAUACCACUGGGCGACAUCAACGACAAUUGGAUCUCCUUCUGCAAUGUAUCGAGCGAAUAGUAGAGCGACACACUGAUCCCGAGACCCUCCUGGCCUGUUCCCGAGUAUACGAAGUCUUGUGCCAGGAUGAUUUGAGUAUCGCAGCCAACUGUCAGACUGUCCGUGCCACUUUACUCGACCGUCUCACUGACCUCUACCGCCGUGCCUUUCUCUCUUACUUCAAUGAACAAGGUGAUGAGCCGGAUGCUGAUGACGAAUUCCACCUUGUUGCUGCUUUGAAACGCAUCUAUGCAUUCUUUUCCUGCCAUGACCUUAAUGGUCUAGAUCUUUGGAAGAGUCUACUCAAAAUUGUAUCUAGUUCUCCUAAUGAAGCCACUCCUGAAAUUAUCGCUCAGGCUACUGCUUGUUGUGCAAAAUCCCUUCUCUGGCGUCUGGCCCACGUUAGCGAGCCUGAUCCUCCACAGUCUGAGGUUGAUGAGCUGCGUCUAAUGUUGGACGAAUUCAUGUCCCAAUGUACAAGAUGGUUGACAUAUGAGAACAAGAGGAUUGCGUCUGAAGCCUAUCUUUCAGUCUCGGAUCUUCUGAUUGCCUUUUCAAGACAUCUUGCCACCACGGAACCGAAUAUCAAGUCGUUGGCCUAUAUUCCAAAUUCAACGAUGGAGGCUGGGUUAAUCCGAUUCCUAGAAGCCUUUGUGUUUGUGGAUGAAGAGGAAGAUGAGAACGUGAAGUUUGAAGCCCUGCACGAGAGACGAAUUCAACUGGCCGGUUUUUGCAAGUUAGUUGUGUACAACAUCCUCCCCAUCAAAUCUGCCGCCCCACUCUACCGGCACUAUAUUCACUUUCAUGGCGAGUUCGGUGAUAUCAUGAAGUCUACUCUGGGCAAGUUGAGAGAAAUAAAUCGUACUCAAACUGCCAAGAUGCUUGCCUACUGCUUGCAGCUUGGAUUUAGUGAACUUCAAGCGGCCAGUCAAGUGAAUCUUGUGGAACGCAGUACUGAAGGCUUCCAAUCCUUGCGCGAGUUAGCACGCCGUCUGAAUCUCAGUUUUGGCUUGGAUCUUAUCAAAAUUCGAGAGGCCAUGGUCUCCUUCCACUUCGAUGGAAUCCAAUUUGUUCUCUCGACAAAGCCAGCUGGCGGGCCUAGUAACAGUGGUACAAGUUCUACAUCUGCGCCUAACGGACUCCUCUUCCUAGAAAUUGUGGCCGAGUUCUCGAAUAAACUUCUAUCUCAAGAUAAACGAAGCCUCUCAAAUUACACCUACAAAGCCUUUCGAAAUGCAACAAUGGGCGAGGAGUGGGCAUCACUGCAGGCCUAUCGAACGAGCCUGGAUCCCGACUCGACAGAUCAUCACGCGCUAGGUGGUGGAGCAAAUCAGAGUCUCACUUCAGGAACCGUUGGACCUACUGGACGAGGUCGGGGUAGGCCUAGGCGGCCGAGGCCCGAGGAUACUCUUGAUCCGGGCACUCAGCAACUUGCGGGGGCUUCAGCAGCGAAACGAAGGAAACCUGACGAUGUUUGUGUGUCCGGGACUGCAUCUCCUGCUCGACGACCUGGUCGCCCUCCGGGGAGUGGGAAACGGCAAGCUCCUGUAAUGCCCCCUGCAAUGGCACCCCUUGGUCACUAA